AUGGAACAGCUGAAGGAAUUUUGGCUGUUGAUCGCAUUGCUUGCAUGGACCGAACCGUUUCUCGGCGGUCAGGUAGAUCGGUUUUAUAUAACACCGUUUUGCAGGCUACUUUUUGACAAAGAAUCGUGUCCAGAGCAUGAGCCUCGCCCCUUUGGUGACAACUUUCACUCUCCAUCUGCCUCAGGUGGCUUUUUAAUCAUCGAAACCAAUUACCGGGUGUACGCAAUGACCAAUAGCAGCCUUCAUAUUUCCAUACUGUCGCUGUUUGUUACCCUGAAGAAUCAUUUUCCCGGAAUGGCUACCGGGGUGUUAUCUCGCGAAUCGUUACAAAGCGCAUUUGAACGGGGUUUAACAUCCACCCAAAUUUUAUCUUUCUUCCGUUCAGUUGCUCACCCAUCGCAAAUUAAGGUGGCCAUUGAAAAUAAUUGGCCCACUCCGGUCCCACCAACGAUCGAAGAUCAGCUAAAUCUAUGGGAGCAGGAAAGAUAUAGGCUUGUCGCAACUCCGGCCGUCCUUUACACCGGCUUCAAUACCAGUCUAGAAUACGAGCAAUUUGUCUCGAAAGCCGAAUCUUUAAAUUCUUUGCUUGCUUGUAGCUAUCCGCUUGACAAAGACACCCCGAAAUCAAACUUUGCUUCUCUGCAAAGGAAGCUGAUGGUAAUUUCAGAAGAGGGACAUCAGAAGCUUCGGCAGGGUCUUGCCCGCUAA